UUUGUGAUGUUUUUCCUUCUGAGAAAUAAAAAAGAGUCAGGGAGACUGCGGUAUGUGGGAGUCUGCCCCUCUCACCUAACCACGCCUUCAAUCCUAAACCAGAUAGUGCAUUGCUGGAGUGUUCCCUUAUCAUCUAUAUAUGGAUGCCAGAAUGGUUCUGAAUGAUGAUAAACUUGUGAUAGAACAUGUUUAGCAGGAGACAAACACUUCCUUUGUAAAGGUCCAUGCACCAAUCAUUGCAUUCCCAUGGAUGUAUCAACAGCAGCACCUGGUAAAGGAGGAGGAUUGUUAGAAAGGCCUGUUAUAGAGAAAACCUCUCCCGCUCGUGAGUCUGAGUUUGAUCUCAGGAAAUCGAGGCAAAUAUCUCCUCCAUACCGUGUGAUAUUGCACAAUGACAACUUCAAUAAACGGGAAUAUGUAGUCCAAGUGCUGAUGAAGGUCAUCCUGGGCAUGACCCUUGACAAUGCUGUUAAUAUCAUGCAAGAAGCACACCACAAUGGCUUGUCAGUGGUGAUCAUAUGUGCUCAGGCUGAUGCCGAAGAACACUGCACGCAACUCAGGCACAAUGGGCUUCUGAGUUCGAUUGAACCCGCAAGUGGGGGAUGUUAAUAAAAUCAAGGUGCUUCCAGGAGUAUCUCUGCACAUCAGAUACUGUACAUAAGAACAAUGCCCAAUAUAUAAAAUCUUCUUGUCCUGUGGUCUAAUUGAGACAAGAGGUGGUAUCUCAAAUAAAAAGUUGUAGUUUACAGUACGUUAAUAACUGGGAUCAGUAUAUAUCAGUUUAUAAGAAUUACUACAUCUCCACUUUAAUUUGUACCAAAGUGCAGAAUGCAGAUGGAAUACCACCGGGAACAUACUCUCUGGUGCAAGGAAAAGUGAUACAUUAAUCGAAAGCAGAAACUGUUUCCAGCAAGGCGGUGUCUC